AUGUGCGUUCCAAAUUGUAAAACCCAAUGUGGCAAUGGAAUUUGUAUAAGUCCAGACCAAUGCAAUUGUAUUAAAGGUUACAUAUUUGACAAAUACCAUAACCCAAUGUGUGUGCCUCAUUGUGAUCCUAAGUGUGGAUAUGGAACUUGCAUUGCGCCAAAUAAAUGCAAGUGUAAUGCAGGAUUUACAUUUGAUUACAAAAAUAAUCCAAUGUGCGUUCCUCAUUGCAAAACUGAAUGUGGCAAUGGAACUUGCAUAGCACCAGAUGUCUGCAAAUGUGAUGUUGGAUAUGAAUUUGACGACAUUUAUAGCUCAAUGUGUGUACCAAAAUGUAGAAAGGACUGUGGAAAAGGAACUUGUAUAGCGCCCAACGAAUGCAAUUGCAAUACAGGAUAUAUUUUUGACACUAAAAGUAACCCAAUGUGCGUUCCUAAUUGUAAAACUGAAUGUGGCAAUGGGACUUGCAUAGCACCAGAUAAAUGCACGUGUGAUGUUGGAUAUGAAUUUGACAACAUUCAUAGCCCAAUGUGCGUUCCGCAAUGUAAAACUGAAUGUGGCAAUGGAACUUGCAUAGCACCAGAUGUUUGCAAAUGUGAUGUUGGAUAUGAAUUUGACAAUAUUCAUAGCCCAACGUGCGUUCCGCAAUGUAAAACUGAAUGCGGCAAUGGAACUUGCAUAGCUCCAGAUGAAUGUAAGUGUGAUGUCGGGUAUGAAUUAGACUACAGUAAAACCCCAUUUUGUGUACCAAAAUGUAGAAAUAAUUGCGGAAAUGGAAUUUGCAUAGCGCCAGACGAAUGCAAGUGCAAUACAGGAUAUACAUUUGACAAUAAAAGUAAUCCAAUGUGCGUUGUUAAUUGCAAAACUGAAUGUGGCAAUGGGACUUGCAUAGCACCAGAUAAAUGCACGUGUGAUGUUGGAUAUGAAUUUGAUAACAUUCAUAGCCCAAUGUGCGUUCCGCAAUGUAAAAUUGAAUGUGGCAAUGGAACUUGUAUAGCACCAGAUGUCUGCAAAUGUGAUGUUGGAUAUGAAUUUGACAACAUGCAUAGCCCAACGUGCGUUCCGCAAUGUAAAACUCAAUGUGGCAAUGGAACUUGCAUAGCUCCAGAUGAAUGCGAUUGUGCAAAGGGUUACACAUUAGAUAAAAAUCAAAGCCCAAUGUGCGUACCGCAAUGCGAUAUCAAAUGUGGAAAUGGGUACUGUAUGGGUCCCAAUCAAUGUAAAUGCCAUACAGGAUACAAGUUAGAUGAUGAUAAAAAACCCAUGUGUGUACCACAAUGUACCAACGAAUGUCCAAAUGGAACUUGCGUUGCACCAAAUGAAUGCAAAUGUCACGUAGGAUUUAAAUUAAAUGCAAAAAAUAUAUGCGUACCCCAAUGUGAUGUUGAAUGUGACCAUGGUUUAUGUAUUGCACCCAACAAAUGUGAAUGUCACACGGGAUAUAAAUAUGACAGUAAUAGUAAUCCAAUGUGUGUACCUGAAUGUUAUUCAGGUUGCGGAAACGGGACAUGCUUAGCACCAAACGAAUGCAAGUGCAAUGCAGGAUAUGAAUUUGAUAACAAGAGUAACCCAAUGUGUGUACCACAAUGUCAUAAUGAAUGUGGAAAAGGGACUUGCAUUGCUCCAAAUAACUGCAAGUGCGACGAAAGUUACAAAUUUGACAAGUAUCACAACCCAAUGUGCGUACCUCAAUGCAAUAUCGAUUGUGGCAACGGCUCCUGUGUAUCACCUAAUCAUUGUCAAUGUGACACAGGUUAUAAAUUUACCAAAAACAGUAACCCAAUUUGUGAACCGAUAUGUCAUAAUGAUUGCGGAAAUGGUUCUUGCAUAGCACCAGAUAAAUGCGAGUGUGAUAAAGGUUACUUAUUUCAUAAAGAUAAAAAUACCUGUGUACCUCAAUGUGAUAACAUAUGUGGUAACGGAAACUGUGUGGCGCCUAAUGUAUGUAAAUGUUUUAAAGGAUAUAAAGUUGACGAAGAAAAGGGAUUAAAUUGUGUUCCUGAUUGUGGAAAUUGUGAAGGACACUGUUAUGCACCAGGAAAAUGUGAAUGCGAUCCUCCUUUGAUAGCUACACAUGUUACAUUUGAUGGUAAAGAUUGUAGCACUAAUACUGACGAGUGUGAACGCAUUGUUUGUAAAAUUAAUGCUACUAUAACGACUACUAAGGAACCAAUAUUUCCUACUAGAGAAGAUGUCCUUAGAGAUGAGCAUGAACUUGUAGAUACAAAAGACGACAAAAUUAAAUUGCCUGAGCAUAACAUUAUCAGAAAUAAACUGUAUGAACAAGAGGUUGAAAAAAAUGAAAAGGUAGAAAUAAAAAUAAUUAGCAAUAAAGAAAAAUCGAAAAGUGACGAUGGUUCCAAAUAUAACUAUUAUGAUGUCAAUAAUUCAACACCAGCAAGGGUAUCUAAAGUUUUAGAAGAAAAUAUGGAAAAACAGAAACAAAAAAACAAAGAUUGGAAGCAAUCCGGCUGGAUUUUUUUGCCAAUAGUUGGCAUCGUUGGAUCCCUAGUAUUUGCUUCAAUUAAACUAAUACGAAAAUGGCUAUAAACAAGAAUACUUAGAAAUGAUUGCAGAUGGAUAAUAUUAUUUACAAGGUAGUGCGUGGUUCUGAUUAUAAACAUAAUUAAUAUUCUUAACUGUUCUAUGAUUAAGCAUGCUAUUACGUAAUAUUAAAGAGUUUUACUUUAUUAUGUCUGACCUCACUCAGCGAUGUGAAUAUGUACACCACAUUGCACACUUUAUACUCGUAGCUAUUCAAAAAAACAUCAUCAAAUUCAUGUCUUGAACAGCUGAUUUGGUCAGACAAUAAAACCACUCAGUGUAUUAGUGACUUUAUAAAAACAAACGCAAGAUUUUAUAUGAAAUAUUUAAUUGUAUUUUACACGAACAGUUAAUUGUUAAAGUGAUGAAUGAACAUAACCAGAAGCUAAUCAUAUUCCCAAUGUGAGGAGCCUAUCUGUGCAAGUAGUGGAGUAAUGAUACUCGGCGUGAUUAUAAAAAAAACAUUUUUAUUUAUUAGUUUAUUGAACAUAAAAUUGUCUCCUAAAAGUAAAUCGAUUGUAAUAAUUCAAUGUACAAAUAAUGUAGUCAUUAAUAAAGUUGUUUUUAGUGUA